GCACCCCUAGAGCAACCUCUGAUCAAAAAGUGGCACCGUGUUUAGGCCGAGCUUGGAAUCGCCAUUUUCUCUACGGAGUAUAGAAUUUCCAGCUGAAGGGACACGUGGAUGGCAUGUACAUUACAACACCGGAAUGACCGGCUACCACCAACCUUUUGAAUCCCUUUAAUGGUUCAGUGUCUCACCUCGCCAGCUAGCGUGCCAGAUCUCCGCCCCCGUGAUUUUCAUUAUACACAGUACCACCAUUGGCCAACAAUCAGUAAGCUCCAGAAUUCGGUCUAAUAUAGUUUAUAGAUAUGGCGCCUUUUCCACGUGGUUCGCCUUGUAUACUCAACUUGUUCAUGAUCUGCGGAAGCCGUUGAUCUGCGCUGGCUUUCCUUGAAUAUCUAUCACGCCAUUAGUAUCACUCUCAUGCAGCUAGAUCUUGACCACGCGAAGAUCAACCCUUGGAUCUAAUUAUGCAGACUGAGACCUGUCUCACUGUCAUACAGUUCUUAGAGCUCACCCUGCAUACUCAAACUCUGAUUGAUCAGCAACUGCGUCUGCUGGAUAACGCUAAAGUAUUAGUGACUCCUGCUUAUCAUGCCUCUAUCAUGGCCAUGCCACCUAUGAAACGGUGUCAUGUAUACUGCCAUAAAUGGUCAUUUGGAAAGAUGGGUGGCUCAUAAAUCUAUUCGGAUUGGCCAUCCUGUUUUCGUAGAUUGGUAUUGCUACCGUGGACUUGAGAUUUGCUAAACUUGCCCGUUAGUACUCGGAAAGUGCGAAUCCUUCACGAGGAUCUCCGGCUUGGGAAACACCCUAUGUUCCAUGGCUCAACUCAAUUCCUGAAUUGACAACGCAUUCAGGGUCUUAUCCUCCAUAGCAUAGCCAGCAGCCACUAGGGUACCCAAUCUCUCUAGAGUAUAUGGAGACUAUAUAAAUAGGAGUGGUGCACUCAGCGCAUGACAGAGCGUGGGCAGCACAAUCACACUUUCAUUAUUCUCCUCCGUUGUUGAUACUGGCCACAGCCCUCUUUGAAACAUGGAGACACAUAUUGAUACUCACUCUCAGUUAAUUAAACGUCUCAGGGCACAGCCUGUCUCUGUUCCCAGCCUACUACCCAUCUUCUCAUCUUGGCCUGGAGCCGUUAAUCCUCACUGGAGGGCUUUGGUUCCUGUGAUAAAUGCAAGAAUUGACAGGUAUAUUGCUCAAUUCCAUCGGUUAUCACAAACUGUUUGUUUGCUUUUCGACACUACAUCCAUUAUACAUGUCUGCUUCGUUCUAUCUUUCAUUACUUUUUUAUUCAAC